UGACAUCAGCAAAACAGAGAUCUUAAUUUAAGAUCCUUUUUUGAGGCAAACAGCUGAUAAGUUUUGCUUGUGCUGUUCAGUCCCAGAAGCUCCAUUACAGGUGUCUUUGCAGCAAAACAGUAAGGAAGAGCAUAUUCAUAUAGUAUGGAUAUGAAGAGCAGAGUUUUAAUUGUGGGGGGCACUGGUUAUGUUGGCAAAAGAAUUGUGAAGGCCAGUAUAGCUCUUGGCCAUCCUACUUAUAUUUUGUUCAGGCCAGAGGUGGUCUCUGACAUUGAUAAAGUGCAGAUGCUCUUAUCCUUCAAACAGCUUGGGGCCAAACUUCUUGAGGCUUCAUUGGAUGACCACCAAAAGCUUGUGGAUGCUGUGAAACAAGUUGAUGUUGUCAUCAGUGCUAUUGGAGGUGGUGUGGUGGAUCACCAUAUACUUGAUCAGCUCAAACUAGUGGAGGCCAUCAAAGAAGCUGGCAAUAUUAAGAGAUUUCUUCCUUCAGAGUUUGGGAUGGAUCCAGAUGUUAUGGUGCAUGCAUUGCAUCCUGGUAAUAGUAUAUUCAUUGAUAAGAGAAAGGUUCGACGUGCCAUUGAAGCAAGGAAUAUUCCUUACACAUACGUGUCUGCAAAUAUGCUUGCUGGGUUCUUUGCUGGAGGCUUAGGGCAACUGCUAGAUAAAGCCCCCAUGAUGCCUGCUCAAGAUAAAGUCCUCAUCUAUGGAGAUGGAAAUGUUAAAGGUAUUUAUCUGGAUGAAGACGAUGUUGGAAUAUACAUCGUCAAAUCAAUUGAUGAUCCUCGCACCCUCAACAAAACUAUGUUUAUGAGGCCACCAAAGAAUAUACUUUCACAAAAUGAAGUUGUAGAAAUAUGGGAGAGAUUGUCAGGAUUAAAGUUGAAAAAAAUCUACAUGUCAGAGGACCAACUUCUAAAUAUGGAAGGUGAAUCUUAUUUGGAGAAGAUGAAACGAGGUCAUCUCUAUCAAAUUUUCAUUAGAGGGGAUCUUUACAAUUUUGAAAUUGGGCCCAAUGCUACUGAAGCUUCCGAACUUUAUCCAGAAGUCAAAUACACAACCAUGGAUUCUUAUAUGAAGCGCUACGUUUGAAUAUUUUUCUUAUUGUAUCUGUCACAUUUUCAUACAUAAUAUCUAGAGAUAUUUAGUAAUAAAUAAUGGUGUAUAUAUACAUCAUAAACACCAUAUAAUUUCGUAUAGACUAUUAUGGGAACUAUUUAAGUAUGGUUGUUUAGAUGAUUUCUCUCGAGGGGUGUCGCUCUCACAUAAAUGUGACAAGAUUUUGGUUGAUUA